GCAGCAGACCGUCCGCCCGACUCUUCAGCACCAGCUCGGACCGACAGACGGGAGCCAAGUCUGCGGCGCGGACCCCAAAACUGUAGCGACAGAAGCAGGGGCGGGUCCAUGCCCAACUUGACUCAGGUGCACCAGAGCGCAGUGGCACAGUUCGCCGGAGAGAGGAGAGCCACGCGGCGGCCGCAGCUUCUUCUCCCGCUCUGGCUUCGCUCUCCGCCGGAGCGCCGCGCUGGAGACACCCGGAGGAGCCGCCGCCGCUGCUCCGCCGACUGUCACCCCUGAGGUUGAACGCUUUUUUGGAGACGCGGCGCCACCACCGGAGGACAGCGCCAUGUCCAAAGAGGCGCGGGGGAAAGGUUCAUCCCGGAAACACAGUGGAACUCAUUGGUGUCUGCAAAAUAUCGCUCAAGAAUCUGUCGACAGCUCCGAUGAGGAGUUCUUUGACGCCAGAGAUGUUAUGGAGGGAAAAAGUGCCAUUUUGCUCGGGAUGAGUCAGUGGAACUCAAACGACCUGGUGGAGCAGAUUGAAACUUUGGGACACAUGGAGGACCAGUCACAUGAGGGUCUGUACCAACUGGGGGGUCAGCGUUGCGUCCCACAGAGCAGCAUCGAAGGAUUGGAGGACACCGAGCGCAAAUGUCAGACCCAUGUGCUGCUGUUGGUGGUUCAUGGGGGCAACAUCCUGGACACAGCUGUGGGAGACCCAAGCACGAAGGCGGGCGAUGUGGCCACCCUGGCAUCGGUGCUGGACAAGGUCACUCGGGCCCACUUCCAGGCGGCCGCUGAGCAUGUGAUGAUCAAACUGGUGCCAUGUCCAGCUGUGUGUGCCGAAGCCUUCUCUCUGGUGUCCAAUUUGAAUCCCUACAGCUAUGAUGAGAGCUGCGUCUCCAGCAGUGUGGACCACCUGCCCUUGGCCGCGCUCCCUCUCCUCGCCAUCGUGUCGCCACGCUACCAGGACGCGGUGGCCACCGUCAUCGCCCGAGCUAACCAAGUCUAUCACAGCUUCCUGCACUCAGAAGAAGGACAGGGAUUCAACGGACAGGUUUGCCUGAUGGGCGACUGUGUAGGAGGUGUUCUUUGCUUCGACGCGUUAUGCUUCAGCAACCACCAAAGACCCGGCAGCCCGAACACCAGCAGCCGGAACAACAGCACCGAGAGCCUGAAGGAUAACUCGGGUCUGCUCAAAGAGUCCAGUCCGAGUCUGAGCUCCAGCAAGCGACUCAGCAAGAGCAACAUCGACAUCUCCGUCCCCAACGAGGGGCAGAGUCAAGGCGGACCCCCGCUGAGUCGAAAGCAAAGUGACUCAUAUGAUGGCGACAGUUCAUCGACAGGCCAGCACGGUUUUUUCUCCAGCCUGAUGAAGGAGGGCGUGGAGGUGCGCGGGGGCAGCAGCACCAGUCUGCUCCUGAAUCCAGGCCGGUUUGACUUUGAGGUGUCCGACUGCUUCCUGCUGGGAUGCCCACUGGGCUUGGUGCUCGCCAUGAGGCGCACGGUUCUGCCGGCCGUCCAAGUCAGCCAUCUCCAUCCUGCCUGCUCGCAGAUCUUCAACCUCUUCUACCCGUCCGACCCCUCGGCCUCCAGACUGGAGCCUCUGCUGCAGCCCCUCUUCCACAAGCUGCCUCCGUUCGCCGUGCCGCGGUACCAGCGCUACCCUCUGGGAGACGGACGCUCUUUGCUCAUAGCCGAGAGCAUCCAAGGCCACCCCAGCGUGUUUCUGGACGGCGAGCAGACGCCUGGGGUUUUUCACUUCUCCUCCGAGGCCUGCGCUGAGGGAGCGGCGCAGGAGAGGGGCCGGCGGAGCAGCGCAGAGAGUGAAGUGUCCGUCUGGUCCAUUGGCCAGCUCGGAAACGCCAUCGCUAACGUCUCCAGCAGGUGGUGGGGUUCCAAGAGGCUGGACUACGCCCUCUACUGCCCCGACGUGCUGACAGCGUUCCCCACGGUCGCUCUGCCGCACCUUUUCCACGCCUCCUACUGGGAGUCGACUGAUGUCGCUGCGUUUGUUCUUCGACAGCUGAUGCGAUGUGACUUUGUGAAGACGCAGGAAGCCGACAACCUGGACUCAGCCCCGUUCUCUCCCUCCAGUCCGAGAGAAAAGUGGCUUAGACGACGGACGCACGUCAAACUGAGGAAUGUAACGUCCAACCACAGGGUGAAUGAUGUCAUCGCUACGGAGGACGGCCCGCAGACUCUCGUGGGUCGAUUCAUGUAUGGACCGUUGGACAUGGUCACUUUAACUGGGGAGAAGGUCGACAUCUUGCUGAUGACUCAACCGCAGUCCGGCCGCUGGGUGCAUUUCGACACGGAGGUGACAAACAGCAGCGGUCGAGUCACCUACACCAUCCCGAAGAGCAAGAAGCUCGGCCUUGGAGUGUACCCCAUUAAAAUGGUGGUCAAAGGGGAUCAAACAAGUGCAGAGGCCUACCUGACUGUGUUGCCACGGGCCAUGGAGUGUGUGGUCUUCAGCAUCGACGGCUCCUUUGCUGCCAGCGUGUCAAUCAUGGGCAGCGAUCCCAAGGUUCGCCCCGGGGCUGUGGACGUCGUCAGACACUGGCAGGACCUGGGCUACCUGAUUAUCUACAUCACAGGACGUCCUGAUAUGCAGAAGCAGCGUGUGGUGUCCUGGCUGUCGCAGCAUAAUUUCCCUCACGGGAUGAUCUUCUUUUCUGAAGGAUUAGUUCAUGAUCCGCUGCGACAGAAGACCAUCUUCCUGAGAAACCUCAUACAGGAGUGUCACAUCAAGAUCAACUCUGCCUACGGCUCCAUGAAAGACAUCUCGGUCUACAACAUGCUGGGCCUCAGUCCCACACAGAUCUACAUUGUCGGGAGACCUUCUAAGAAGCACCAAAACCAGUGCCAGUUCCUGAGCGAGGGCUACGCCGCGCACCUGUCCACGCUGCAGUUUGGCCACAGAGCCAGACCCAAGAAGUCCCCGUCCGUCCGCAUGGUCCUCAGGAAAGGCUCCUUCGGUUUGUCGGCCAAGUCGGACUUCCUGUGUAAGCGCACCCACCUGCGCAGGACCAUGUCCGUGCAGCAGCCGGACCCACCCUGCACGCCCAACCCCAAACCCGAGCGAGCCCAGAGUCAGCCGGAGUCAGACAAGGACCACGGAGGAGGGGGCGGGGGCGGGCAUGGCGUGUGGGGAAGGGCGGCCAUGCACCGAGGAGACACCACCCCAUGACCCCCAGCAGGGCGACGACUGGAUUGUACAACAACAGAGGAGGAGGAGGAUGAGGUCUCCGUGUCUCGUGUCACCUGCUACCAUGUCUCUUGGAUUGUGAGCUGAAAGUCGGCUCUGCGUCGCCUCCUGUUUGUCCUCGUCUGUGGUCCACUCGCCGGAUCAUGUCCUCACGUGUCUGUGCCUGAACUCGGAAGGCGAUCUCCUGUCGACGGCUCCCUCGUCCAACUGGAUGUAAAUAAAGCUUCACAAAGGAACCGCAGCGCGACCUGUCAGGACCAGGACACGUCGCCCCGCUUCCUCGCUCAACCCUCAGCUGCUGUACAUAGUCGACAUAAAUCUUCAGCUCGUGAGGCUGUGGACGCGAAAGCACUGUGACAUGUUGGCUCCGUCCACUGAUCUCCUGUUGUGAAUGAUUCACUGGGUUAUUUACCUGGCGUGAACAUUCAAACGGCCGGCGGAGAGCUUCUCGCCUGGCAGGCGUCUCAGACUGAGAGGUCCCCGCUGCAGCCCCCGUCCUCGCAUUUGCACUACCGAAGUACAAUGCACUGGUUUUUGACUCGACCGUACUGUCGACGCCUCCACUGCAGUCGUCGAAAGACUGAACAUGUUUACAGACUGGCAGCCGGUUCUUGGUGUAACGUCUUGUUUUUAUUGACAGAGUAGUAGCUAGCUAGUAGCUUGCCGGAUGUCGUGUAUUAGAACCCGCCUGUACAAAGCCCUCCAGGGAAGGGAAGCAGUAGAUUUGUGAAGUCAUCCGAUCCCGUCUUGUGACCUUGAGUCCAGUCUUACUGUGGCCGUGCUGAAACUCUGUGCAAGUCAAACUUAUUUUUCUAAGAGUAAAUAUUGUACAUAGAAAUAUUUUCAACGUUUUGCAGAGUUAAGUUGUAGAUUGAUUUUUGCCUUAAAUACGUAUAUAUUUGCUGUUGUGUGUGAGAGUGGAAAUAAUUAUACUUAUUUGGCAAAAGCAAGGCUGUUCUUCCUCCUUCCUGCCGCGACAUCA